AUUUUUCAUUAACAUCCCACGAAAUUUCACAGAAAUUCUCACAAAGAUUACCAAGCUUGAUGAACUUCUUUCAAGGCCUUUUAUAAGGUAGGUAGGUAGUCCAUGUUUGCAAUUUGGUUUAUCAUUGUAGUUUUUCUCAUUUGUUCUUGUGAGGUUUAUUUUCUCAAGUUCCAUCAAUAAUAUAUAUGGCACCAAAGAAUAAGUAUGACGUUUUCAUAUGCUUUAGAGGUGAGGAUACCCGUUGUAAUUUUACUAGCCAUCUCCACAAAGCAUUGUCCAAUAACAGUUUACAAGUUUACAUGGAUGAGAGGCUUGAGAGAGGUGAUGAGAUUUCAUCUGCCCUUUUGAAAGCAAUUGAAGACUCAAAACUUUCUGUCAUAGUUUUCUCGGAAAAUUAUGCAUCUUCGAGGUGGUGUUUGGAUGAACUGGUUCAUAUUCUGAGGUGUAAAGAAAGAGAUGAACAGAUUGUUGUACCAAUAUUUUAUCAUGUGAGUCCAUGUGAUGUCAGAAAACAAUUAGGGAAUUUUGGAGUUGUAUUUGGUGAGCUUGAAAAGCGGUUUAAGAACAACUCUGAUAGGUUGACUCAAUGGAGGACUGCCUUAACAUCUGCUGCUAAUCUCUCUGGCUGGGAUGCACCCACUACCAGGUGCGAGUCUGAAUUAAUUGAGAAAAUUGUCAAAGACAUUUUGAAGAAAUUGAAUUUUAUUAUGUCACCAAGUAAUAGUGAUGAUUUGAAUGGUCUUGUUGGAAUAAAGAGGCGUGUUGAAUAUCUUGAAUCAUUGUUAUUAUUAGAUGCUAAUAAAAUCGUAGGCAUUUGGGGCAUGGGUGGUAUAGGUAAGACCACUUUAGCAAGUGUCUUGUUUAAUCGAUUCUCCGGCGGAUUUGAAGGUCAGUGCUUUCUUGAAAAUGUUAGGGAAGAAUGGCAAAAGCAUAAUAUGCUCAAGUUGAGGAAAAAGCUCUAUGCUGAGUUGUUGAAGGAGAAAGGUGAAGAUGUGGUCAACAUCUUUGCAAAGGAGAGACUUUGUCGUACAAAAGUUCUCAUUGUUCUUGAUGAUCUAGAUGAUGUAGAACAGUUUGAGUAUUUAGUUGGAGAUCGUGAUUGGUUAAGUCAUGGAAGUAGAGUAAUUAUAACAACUAGAGAUAAGCAAAUGCUUAAGAAUAUUGGUGUUGAUUGGGUCUAUAUGGCAGAGCAACUAGAUGAAGAUGAGGCUCUUCAACUCUUUACUUCGAACGCAUUCAAAAGAGAUGUUCCACCAUCGAGCUACAUGGAGUUGUCAAAAGCAGUAAUGAAUUAUGCCUCAGGCAUUCCCUUGGCCCUAAAAGUGUUGGGAUCUCAUCUGUAUUCGAAGAGCAAAGAAGAGUGGAACAGUGCACUGAAGAAGUUGAAAGUAUAUCCCAACAAAAAGAUUCAAAAUACACUGAGAAUAAGUUAUGAUGGACUAGACGACAAAGAAAAAGAUGUAUUUCUUGAUAUUGCAUGCUUUUUCAAAGGAAAGUUUAAAAAAUUUGUGGCAAGAUUAUUGGACGAUGAUUGUAUGUUUGCGGAUGUGGUCAGAGUUCUUGUUGACAAAUCUAUCAUAAUCGUGACUCCCUAUGAGAAGAUAUGGAUGCAUGAUUUGAUGCAGGAAAUGGGAUUGGAAAUUGUUCGUCAAGAUUGCAUGAAAGAGCCUGGAAGGCGUAGUAGACUAUGGACCAGUGAUGAUAUAUGUCAUGUCUUACAAAAUAAUACUGGUAGCUCAAAAGUUGAAGGAAUAUUCCUUAACAUGUGUGAAAUUAGAGGGAAGAACAUGAUGAAAUUGAAGUCUACGGUGUUUAGAAAAAUGUACAAUCUAAGACUACUUGAAAUAUCUAGAGAUUUUGAACAAAUGGAGAUGUGCAAACUGCAACUUCCUCAAGGUCUUGAUGCACUUCCUAACUCCCUUAGAUAUCUCAAGUGGCUUCACUACCCUUUGAAGUCUUUACCAUCAACUUUUAUGGCACAACAUCUUGUUGAGCUCAACAUGCCGUUUAGCCAAUUGGAGAAACUAGGGGAUGAAUUACAAGAUCUUGAGAACUUAAAAGUUGUCGAUCUAAGCUAUUCCCAAAAGCUAACUCAUAUCCCAGAUUUUUCUCGCGCUAAUCUAAAGGCUCUAAAACUUCAUGGCUGUUCAAAUUUAGUUGAAGUUCCUUCACUAAGGUUUGAGAGAGUUCAUGAUACGUGUGUAAAAAAGGUUGUAAGACGUAUACCUUUUUCUUAUCCCGAUCGAACCACACCUGUGAUGUCUGAUUCUCGAUCCUGGUUGUGGUUUUUUCCUCAUGUCAUUGACUACUCUGUUUCUAUGUUUGGAUGCUCUAAUCUCAAAGUUCUUUCACAUAUCUCGGGGAAUAUUCAGUACAUUUGUUUACGUUCAACUGCAGUGGAAGAAUUGCACCCUUCCAUUUGGUCACUUCAAAAUCUUUCUAUAUUGGAUCUGAGUUACUGUAAAUCCCUCAAGAAUCUUCCAAAAAUCAUGAUUCAGUUGAAAUCCCUAGAUCAUUUAGAUUUAGAGGGUUGUUUUUCUAUUGACAGGUUCCCUGAGCUUCCCAAAGGCUUGAGGUUUUUAAAACUGACUUUGACAAAGAUAAAACAAGUGUCUGUAUCAUCCUUUGAAUGUCUUCCAUAUCUUGAGGAGUUACAUUUAAAUAACUGCACAAGGCUUGAAUCCUUGCCAACCAGCAUCUGUAAGUUGAAAUCUCUUGUGGUUUUAAACCUGUCUGGUUGCACAGAACUAAAAAGUUUCCCAGAAAUCUUUGAGCCAAUGGAGUGUUUGAAGGAUCUCUCUUUAGGUGGAACAGGGAUUAUCAAGUUGCAUUCAUCAAUUGAGAAACUAAUUGGGCUUCGUUGGCUAUUUUUAAAGGACUGCAAGAAUCUUGAGUUUGUUCCAAACAACAUUUUCAAUAUGAGUGGCCUUGAAUUGCUAAGCCUUUCUAAAUGUUCAAAACUAGAAAGUUUACCAGCUGUGCCAGUUGGUUUUCAUUUUAAGAUUGAAAUAGAUCUUAGUCAUAACAGCCUAUUGAAAUUAUCUGAUUGGAUCUGCGGUUUAUCUUCCACACCAAUGCUAGAUUCAUGUGGAUCAAUGAGUGACAUGAGACCUGUCAGUAUUGAGCCACUUUCUAACAUGAUUUUCUUUAUGUUAGACAAGGGUGAUACAGAAAAAGUUGUUGAUGUUCCCAGUUUCACUGAUUGUUUCAUCUCAUGCCGAUGCAAACUCUCAACCUAUGUUAAAAUGCCAAAUAUUUUUUGUGGCUGCUCAAGAUGGGACACUGAGGAGUAUUAUAAGUUGGUGUUUAAGUUCUUGCUUUUCGUCAUGAAAGAGGCAAUUUAUUUGGCUCUAACAGGUGGAGAAUCAAUAGAGGAAACAAUUUGGCCUAAGUUCCAUUUAUGUUGUCCAGGAAAUAAAAUUAUAGGAUGGUUCUCUGAGCAAACUGAGGGGUCUUCAAUAAAUAUUAAUCUUUUUUCGGAUUGGCAUGGUGCAGAUUUCUUAGGCUUUGCCUUUUGCAUUGUUGUUGAGUUUGAGCACUAUGGUUUUGAUCUUAACAGUUUGAAUUGUCGCUGCGAAUACGUUUUCAAAAUUGGCAAUGGCGAAAGCCAUAGAUGGAGUUGGAACUCUCAGAGACUAGAAAAGGCUAAAGGGGGUGAGAUAGAAAUCAAAUUUCUGAGUUCAGAUCACAUGUUUUUGGGGUAUAUUGAUGAGGACUACAGUGACUGUGUUGAUGCAAUAGAGGUUUCAUUUGAUUUUUACCUUGAACAAAAUGAUUGGGAAGAACUUUUUAAUGUUGGCAAGUACAGAGUAAAAGAGUGUGGAAUCCGCAUGCUAUAUCUUCACCAUGCAGUGGAACUUGGCCUUAUUGAUAUUGAAGAUGGAGAAGAGGAAUUAGAUGAAAUUCAUUACCAAGUUGAGCCAAGAGGAACUGGGUCCUCAACAACUCUUAUAUUUCAUAAACAAACUAUCCAUGUUACAGCUGGCAAAUCAGAGUACCAGUUGAGCUUGCCUCAGGACUUGGGUGUUUAAAUUUUGGUGAUAUCAUAUCUUUGAAAGCUUGUAAAUUGUAGUUAUUAGGCAGAGUGAUAUAUCUCUUGGCUGUCCUGGUUUUACUUUCUUUUAAAUCAAAUAAAAACUUAUGGUCUUUUGGUUUAAAGUAAGUAGUUUUAUGUCACAUAAGUAACCCUCAAUAAGUUAGGGCGUUACAUAUACAAACAGACCAACACUACAAGAAAAAAUAGUAUUCAUAAUACUUAAAAACUGCUAACGGGAAAUAUUCAUAACACUUCUCAAAACGUUAACAUAGCCCCUCUUAUUAAAAGUCUCAUCCUUUCUACAACAGUUUUCGAAUGUUAUGUUCGAUGUUAUCUUAAAAUAUUCAAUAACACAUUUUUAGUUGCUAUCAUAUUAAAAUAAUAACGCUUAGUUAGAGUAAUUGGUUAUAAAUUUGAAGCUUAAUCUUAAAC